ACACAUGUCAUGUCAGAAACAACAAACACAUAAAACAGUUACAUCAUCUUCCUUAACAUUAACAACAACAACUUUCUUCUAGAGAGCUCCGUUUAAAUUAAAUGAUGGUUUCAGGCGGCGGCGGCGGUCCGGAAUUGUCACCGGAAAAAGAGUUGCAGAUAAUAACAAGCAUUUCAAUGGCAGCUGAACCUCAAACCAAAGAAGGCGAUAUCUUUUGUUUAGUCACUACAAAAUGGUGGGAGAGUUGGAUUAGUUUUGUGAUGUAUAACAAUACAUUUGGUACAAAUGAGGGAUCAUCUUCAGAUCAUCAGAAUUUGGGCGUUUCAAGUGCUCCAAAGAGGCCAUCAAGCAUUGAUAAUUCUGAUUUAAUCUAUUCUGACAAUUCAUCCAUGGGUAUUGAGCUCCAUGAUACACUACAAGAACACACUGAUUACAUAUUGGUCCCAGAAGUAACUUGGGAUCAAUUUUGUGCAUGGUAUGGCGGGGGGCCUAAAUUGGCACGCAAAGUGAUAAGUUGUGGUGAAGGGCAAUCAGAAUUAUCUGUAGAAGUAUAUCCUUUACGCCUACGACUACAUCUGAUGCCAAAAGGUGACCAGUGUCCCAUAAGAAUAAGUAAAAAGGAAACAAUUGGAGCCCUGCACAAAAAGGCUUGCGAGAUCUUUCACCUUAAUCUGGAGCAAGUAAGCAUUUGGGACUACUACAGCUGUCGAAAACAUGCUUUGAUGAAUGAUCUGGAUAAAUCUCUUGAUGAUUUUAACAUACAAAUGGACCAAGAUAUCUUAGUGGAAGUCAUUGACAAUGGUGGUGCUUGUACAAGUGGUGUUCAAGAGAACGGCUUUGCUAAAAGUGAGUCAGUGGCACUUGUUGAGCCUUCUAAGGUAAACAAUUCGACAACUGGCGGUUUCUCUGCGAGCAAGGCAGUGUCCAGGAACAACAAUUUAGAGUCGUCACAGCUUCAGAGUUCGUCCCCUGCAAUUAGAGACUCAGAAGAUAAGACACAUGUUUCUGUUGGUGUUAGUACACGGGGAUCUUCUACUGGUCUAACUGGGUUGCUGAAUUUUGGGAACACUUGCUUUAUGAACAGUGCUAUACAGUGUCUCGUUCAUACACCAGAAUUUGCUAGAUAUUUCAGAGAAGAUUACCAUCAAGAGAUCAACUGGCAUAACCCUCUAGGGAUGGUGGGUGAGCUAGCUCUAGCAUUUGGUGAGUUACUUAGGAAGUUAUGGGCACCAGGACGGACUCCUUUUGCGCCGAGGCAAUUUAAAGCUAAACUUGCUCGUUUUGCUCCACAAUUUAGUGGAUACAAUCAGCAUGAUUCUCAGGAGCUUCUGGCUUUUUUGCUUGAUGGACUUCAUGAAGAUCUGAACCGUGUCAAACACAAACCUUAUAUCAAGUCCAAAGAUGCUGACGGUCGACCCGAUGAAGAAGUUGCUGAUGAGUAUUGGGCAAAUCACAUUGCUCGCAACGAUUCAAUAAUUGUGGAUGUCUGCCAAGGCCAAUAUAAAUCAACUUUGGUUUGUCCCGUAUGCGAGAAGAUUUCUGUAACAUUUGACCCAUUUAUGUAUCUUUCCUUGCCACUUCAAUCAACCACUACCCGUACAAUGACGGUGACGGUUUUUAGUUGUGACGGAAGUGCUCUGCCUGCUACUUGCACAGUGACUGUACCAAAACAGGGACGAUUUAGGGACUUAAUUCAAGCACUUAGCAAUACAUGUGGGUUAAAGUACAACGAAAAAGUUUUUAUAGUGGAGAUACGAAAUCACUUGAUUCACCGCUUUUUAGAAGAUCCUCUCAUGUCAUUAUCUUCUAUAAAAGAUGAUGACCACCUUAGCGCUUAUAAGAUUCCGAAGUCUAUGAAAAAUAUAAAAUUUCUUCAGUUAAUACACCGCCGGGAAGAGCUGGAGACUGGAAAUGCCCGGGGCACCACAGGAUGGAAAGCAUAUGGAACCCCUCUUGUUUUUCCCAUUUCUUGUGAUGCAACUAUUACAAGAGGCGAUAUACAAUUAAUAGUUCACACAAUGCUCUCUCCCAUGCUAAAAAGCGAGCCAAGCCAUUCUGAUAAGGCUGAUACUAACACAACAUCAUUAGAAGCGGAUCUCAAGAAUGCUAGUAUUGAAGCAGAUUCAACUUCUAAUGAGAAUAGCGAUUCCAAGAGGACGCCCUUAAAACUUCCUUUAAAGUUGGUUGAUGGGAACAAUGCAUGUAUUGAUCUUUCAAUCGGAGAAGAGAGAACUGUAAGAUUACCAUCAACAUCAAUGUCAGUUUUGCUUUUUAUUGAUUGGUCGCCGAAGCUUUUGAAUAGGUACGAGACACAUUACCUAGAAAAGUUACCAGAAGUUCACAAAUAUGGACACACAAAGAAAAGGACAGAACCUUUAUCCUUGUAUGCAUGUUUGGAAGCUUUCUUACGCGAGGAGCCAUUGGUACCUGAAGACAUGUGGUUUUGCCCUCGAUGCAAAGAGCGAAGGCAAGCGAGUAAAAAGUUGGAUCUUUGGAGGCUUCCUGAAGUGCUUGUGAUCCAUUUGAAAAGAUUUUCGUAUAGCAGAUCCAUGAAGCAUAAGCUCGAAACAUUUGUCAACUUUCCUAUUCAUGAUUUCGACUUGACGAAUUACAUUGCAAACAAAAACAACUCAAUUCGUCAAGUAUACGAACUUUAUGCCUUAACCAAUCAUUAUGGCAGCAUGGGAAGUGGCCACUAUACUGCACAUAUUAAGCUGAUUGAGGAAAAUCGGUGGUACAACUUUGAUGACAGCCACAUAUCUCUGAUUAAUGAAGAUGAUGUGAAGUCAAACGCUGCUUACGUGCUAUUUUACAGGAGAGUGAGAACCGAAGAUGCAGCUGCUAACAAUGGAUCUCAACCCUCUGCGGGUCGUAACUAAUCCUUGCACAAGUAACCUUAAUACAUUCGUAUACAUUGAUAUGCAGGAAGUAUGUGCGCAAGACUCAACAAAUACUCUGAAGUCCUGAAUGAAAUUACAAAUUCUAAA